AUGAAUUAGUAUGCAAAUAUUUCAAUAAGAAUAUUAUUGCAUACUUAAUAAAUUUAAUUAACUACAAACACAUUAACUUAAGAAAAUAAAAAACUAUCUAUGAAUACCUCAUUGUAUGGUAACUUUUGCCAGUCACCAAUAGCUAAGCAGUAUACCUAGGCUAGUAGAUUAAAUAGUUCUUUGAUAGAAUUCAGAAAAUCUAAUUCUAGUACAUAGCCAGAUGAAUUAGAAUACUACAGUGCACCUAAAAAUUAUACUUCAAGAGUCCCUAAAAAAGAUAUGUAUCCAAGCCAUUAUGGGGGCGAAUUAUAAACUAAAAUUACAGGAACAUAUAAUACCAUGGAAAGUAGUUUUUAUAAAUAUAUUAGAAGUAUCAGCAACUAGUAGAAAAUUUAUGACGAAAAUACAUAAAAAAAUGAAGAAAAAAUGAUAAAAUUGGAUUAGAUGAUUAAAAAAUGUUAAAAUAAUAAACUCGCUCAGCUUGAAAAAAGACAAAAAAAGGCAAAAGGCUUUAUCUAACAUUCCAGUGAUACAAAAGCAAAAUAUAUAGAAUUAACUUAAGACAUGCUACAGUUGCAGAAGAAACAAAUUCAAGAUUUGAAAAAUAAUCAAUUAGAGUAUAUUAAAAAAAAGGAGGAGAAGCAGUUAGCUCAGUUUGCAAUUAGAAUACCUCAAGAUUAAAGAAUAUCUUAUAUUAGAAUGAGGAAUAGAGUUUAGGAAGAAAAUUAUGAAUUAGACCAAAAUGAAAAGGAUGGAGAAAAAUUAGAAGAAAAGCUUUCAAUUGCAGAAUAAAGAUAUGAACAAAUUAUGAAAGAUAAAAAACAAAAACUGCAGAAAUCGAAUGAAAAAUUUGAUAAAAUAAAGAAACAAGCAGAGAUUAAGAGUUAAAAUAUGGUUGAAUACUAUAUAAAUAAAUUUGCAAAAACAAUGGAUAACAGCAAUAAACACUAAUAAUAAGCUAAUUAAUAGCUCGAGAAGACCUUGGUUAAGAAAAAGCAGGUAGAUUUAGAAAAAAUUAGCUAAAAUAGGGAAAAUAAAGAUAUUAUGAAUUCAACUUUUACAGAUAAGUUGCAUAAUUGCAGUUGCACUUCAAAAGCCAAUUCUCCUCGUAAAUACUUUAGACUCAGCAGCAGAAUGAGUGUUGAUGAAAAAAUGCUUUAAGUUAAUCUGAAUAAAUAAAUGUUAAGAGAAGCAAGAGAACAACAUAAUCAGGAAAUAUUAGAAAAACACACAUAGUAUUCUUUAACUAAUAGUAUAAGUAGAACUGUGGGCUCUACUAUGAAUAAUUUUAGAAGGAGAGCUAUGUUUUUAACAAAGGAGGAUUAUAAAAUAAAAUCUUGA